ACUGCUUCCUUCCUCCUUCCCCUGCCAGUCCGCCUGCCUUCCUUCCUAGCUUCCCGGCCUGGCCUCCCCCCUCCUUCCCCUGCCGGCCCCCUCCCGGCAGGGAUAAUAUGGUCUCCGGCGAUGGACUCCCCAAGUGCAGGAUACACUUUUGAGUACCUUCUUGAAACAUUGGAUGACAGUUCACAUAAGAAGUUCUUCAAUGUACCUAAACUUGGAGGCACCAAAUAUGAUAUUCUGCCUUAUUCAAUACGGGUCAUGUUGGAAGCUGCUGUACGAAAUUGUGAUGGCUUUUUAAUGAAAAAGGAAGAUGUUAUGAACAUUUUGGACUGGAAGACCAAACAAAGCAAUGUUGAAGUGCCCUUUUUCCCUGCCCGUGUUGUUCUUCAAGAUUUUACUGGAAUACCAGCGAUGGUGGAUUUUGCUGCUAUGAGGGAGGCAGUAAAAAGUCUUGGAGGUGAUCCUAAGAAAGUCCACCCUGCCUGUCCAACAGAUCUCACCGUUGACCAUUCUUUACAGAUCGAUUUCAGUAAAUGUGCAAUACAGAAUGCACCAAAUCCUGGAGGUGGUGACCUACAGAAAGCGGGAAAGCUCUCUCCACUUAAAGUGCAGCCUAAGAAGCUUCCGUGCCGAGGCCAGACUACCUGCCGAGGAUCGUGUGAUUCUGGAGAACUAAGCCGAAACUCAGGAACAUUUUCUUCACAAAUUGAGAAUACGCCCAUCCUGUGUCCUUUUCAUUUGCAGCCAGUGCCUGAACCUGAGACAGUGUUAAAAAAUCAAGAAAUAGAAUUCGGCAGAAAUCGAGAGAGGCUUCAGUUUUUUAAGUGGAGCUCAGGAGCUUUUAAGAAUGUCGCUGUCAUCCCUCCUGGAACUGGAAUGGCUCAUCAAGUGAACUUAGAAUAUUUAUCAAGAGUAGUUUUUGAAGAAAAGGACCUACUCUUCCCAGACAGUGUAGUUGGCACAGACUCUCAUAUAACCAUGGUGAAUGGAUUGGGAAUUCUUGGGUGGGGAGUUGGAGGCAUUGAAACAGAAGCAGUUAUGCUUGGCCUGCCAGUUACUCUUACUUUACCAGAGGUGGUUGGAUGUGAGCUAACUGGCUCGUCCAACACUUUUGUUACAUCCAUAGAUAUUGUCCUUGGCAUUACAAAGCACCUCAGGCAAGUAGGAGUGGCUGGAAAGUUUGUUGAGUUUUUUGGAAGUGGAGUUUCACAAUUAUCUAUCGUUGAUCGAACUACUAUAGCAAACAUGUGUCCAGAAUAUGGUGCUAUCCUCAGCUUUUUCCCUGUUGACAAUGUGACACUACGACAUUUAGAACAUACAGGUUUUGACAAAACCAAACUUGAGUCAAUGGAAAAAUACCUUAAAGCUGUGAAAUUGUUUCGAAAUGAUGAAACUUCUUCAGAACCUGAAUAUUCUCAGGUGAUACAGAUUAAUCUGAAUUCAAUAGUUGCAUCUGUCAGUGGUCCAAAGAGGCCUCAGGAUAGAGUUGCUAUAACAGAUAUGAAAAGUGAUUUUCAGGCUUGCUUAAAUGAAAAGGUUGGAUUUAAAGGUUUUCAAGUUGCAGCAGAAAAACAAAGUGACACUGUCUCUAUUCAUUAUGAUGGAAAUGAGUAUAAGCUGUCCCAUGGAUCCGUGGUCAUUGCUGCAGUUAUCAGUUGUACCAAUAAUUGUAACCCGUCUGUCAUGCUUGCUGCAGGUCUUUUGGCUAAGAAGGCUGUUGAAACUGGCUUGCGAGUUAAACCUUAUAUAAGAACAAGUUUAUCUCCAGGCAGUGGGAUGGUUACGCAUUACCUCAGUUCAAGUGGAGUGUUACCCUAUCUUAGCAAGCUGGGAUUUGACAUAGUUGGCUAUGGAUGUUCAACAUGUGUGGGAAAUACAGCACCUUUAUCAGAAGCUGUUUUGAGUGCAGUAAAACAGGGUGAUUUGGUUACCUGUGGAGUUUUAUCUGGAAACAAAAAUUUUGAAGGUCGACUUUGUGAUUGUGUUCGUGCCAAUUAUCUUGCCUCUCCACCCUUAGUGGUGGCUUAUGCCAUAGCAGGCACAGUGAAUAUAGAUUUCCAGACAGAGCCUUUAGGUACUGACUCUACGGGCAAGGGAAUUUACCUGCAUGACAUUUGGCCUAGUCGAGAAGAAGUUCAUCAGAUAGAAGAAGAACAUGUUGUUUUGUCCAUGUUUAGAGCUCUAAAAGAGAAGGUAGAGAUGGGAAAUAAACGAUGGAAUUCCUUAGAAGCACCAGAGUCGGUGCUGUUUCCAUGGGACAUGAAGUCUACUUACAUCAGAUGCCCUUCCUUCUUUGAUAAACUUACCAAAGAGCCAUCCAUACUCCAGCCUAUUGAAAAUGCCCAUGUCUUACUGUAUUUGGGAGACUCUGUCACUACAGAUCACAUAUCACCUGCUGGAAGUAUUGCUAGAAGUAGUGCUGCCGCUAAGUAUUUAACAAACAGAGGUCUUACUCCUCGAGAGUUCAACUCUUACGGAGCCCGAAGAGGUAACGAUGCUGUGAUGACGAGAGGCACCUUUGCCAACAUUAAGCUUUUUAACAAGUUUAUUGGGAAGCCAGCUCCCAAAACAAUUCAUUUUCCAUCAGGACAGACGCUUGAUGUAUUUGAAGCUGCAGAACUAUACCAGAAAGAAGGUAUCCCACUGAUAAUCUUAGCAGGGAAAAAAUACGGUUCAGGAAAUUCAAGAGACUGGGCUGCCAAAGGACCCUAUUUGCUGGGUGUAAAGGCUGUUUUGGCUGAAAGUUAUGAAAAAAUACACAAAGAUCAUUUGAUUGGAAUUGGCAUCGCUCCACUUGAGUACCUUCCUGGAGAAAAUGCAGAUACUUUGGGCCUCUCUGGUAGAGAAGUAUUUUCUUUAUCAUUUCCUGAAGAACUCUCUCCUGGAAUUACAUUAAAUAUGAAGACGAGUACUGGAAAAGAAUUCCGCGUGAUUGCAUCAUUUGAAAAUGAUGUGGAGAUAACUUUGUACAAACAUGGAGGCUUAUUAAACUUUGUGGCUCGAAAAUUCUCAUAGUAUAUACUCACCGUGGUAUCUUUCGUGACUGGUAACUGCAAAGCCUUUUGUGCUGGAGCCAGGAACCCUUGCCAUGGAGCUGCAGAUAAUUCCAGUAAACUCGUUUUUCUCAUCCAUGGAUGUAAAUGAGUAUGAAUCAGUGUAGUAACUGAAAUGAAAUCUUGAUCUUAAAUAAUAUACGAAUGGUGCUAUUAACAUUGCUAAAAAUCAACGUGUGAAGUGUGUUGUGGAAGAGACCUGUAAGUAUGGGGGUUAUAUUUUAUCAGAACAUUUUGUAAAUAAAGAUAGAAUUUGAACUUGUGUUGAA